UAAAAGAUGGACAGGAACUGGAUACAAAAGGCGACGGUCACGUCAGUGACCUAGGCACGGGGGCGCUCUUCUUCUUUCGAGUGAUUCCGAGGGUCGACAUCGGUGUGUACCAGUGCGUCGCGACAAAUUCUCUUGGAGUGGCAUACAGCAACAACGCGACAUUGGACAUAGCAUAUUUAAGAGGAGACUUCCGCCAAGAACCGAGCGACACCAUGGCUCUGCUAGGGGAGGCGGUGGUCCUGGAAUGUUCUCCUCCCCGCGGGCACCCGGAACCGGAGGUGACGUGGGAGAGGAACGGACAAACGGUGGUGGAAGAUGGAGUCAGAGUGAGAAUACUGACGGAUGGGAACCUAGUCAUAUCACAGCCUAAAUCAAGUGACAUCGGAAACUAUGUUUGUGUCGCUACCAACUCAGAGGGGACAAAACGAAGUGCUCCUGGCCGAUUAAUAAUUAACUCUCGCCCGGCUUUCACGGAGGUUCCUUUCGACACCCUGGCCAUCCCGGGAGAGACCAUCACCCUCCCCUGCGUGGCGGAGGGGGAGCCGACGCCCACCAUCAGAUGGGAGAAGAAAGAUGGCGUUCUGCCGGUCAAUAGGCACACCAUAUUGCUGGACAACUCAUUGAAGAUCACCAAUGCAGAGGCAAGCGAUUCAGGAACGUAUGUUUGCAGCGCCCAGAACACUUGGGGAGAUAAGAGUGUGGACGUGAUCGUCACCAUCAGCUCUGCACCAAUGUUUACCCGUGUACCAGUGGAUCGGACUGUGGUCGUAGGUCAAGAUGCCUUCUUCCUGUGCCAAGCUACCGGUCUACCAACACCAUCCAUCUACUGGAAGGAACGAGGAGCAAAGCCUCUCAUGUUUCCCGGUGAUCGUACAGAGCAUUACGAAGUGACCAACGAUGGCAGGCUUCACCUUUUUUCGGUGACGCGAGAGAACGAAGGAUAUUACGUCUGUUCUGCGAUGAGCGGAAGAGGAUCCGUCGAGGACUCUGCCUAUCUACGGGUCCUUGAUGAUAACUUGCCUCUACCACCCAUCAUCCACAUUGGGCCGUCCAAUCAGACGCUGGUAGAAGGCAGCCCCGCCCAACUGGACUGCCAGGCAGAGGGACGAGCCCCGCCCUCUAUCGAUUGGCUGAAGGACGGUGCACCCUUACAGCUUGUGGGAACCAGAGUAUCGAUGGAUGGAUCGGGAACCCUCAAGUUCUCUUCCUUGACUCCAGACGAUGCAGGGCAUUACACCUGCAGCGCCGCUAACAGCGUCGGAGCAACAAGAUGGUCGGCAACACUCCAAGUCAUAAGGAGAGCUUUUGCAGAAACGGAGCAGACGCACGAAGCUCCGAGUGUAACACAACUACCUCAAGCCCCAGGGUUUCCUAUUAUUGAUAACAUCACCAGGACAACCAUGAGGCUUACCUGGCCUAGCGCCAGACCUCUCACAGACAGGCCAGUGUCACUGACUGGUUACAGAGUGGAGUAUUUUACUCCAGAUAGAAUAACAGGGUGGACCGUCGCUGCUGAAAAGAUCCAAGGAAAUUCCUUCGAGGUGCGGAACUUGGAAUCCGGCUUCACCUACGUCUUCAUGGUGCGGGGGAUCAACGGGCAGGGGUACGGCCCUCCCAGCCCGGUCAGUAUCGCAGCGAACACCCUGACCGGGACUCAUCGUGAGCUACCGGGCCCUAAUGUAGAACCAGGGGUCACCACACCAGCUAAUGAAGGAGCUGAAAGCAGGGAUAUCCUCCAAGACAAGUUGGAUAACUGCGGGGUGUUCAUCAAGAGAGUUCAGGUUCUAGGAACUCAAGCGAUCAACGUUACUUGGCAGAUUGUUCGUAACGGUGAUUACAUCGACGGCUACUACCUCAAAGUGACCCCCCAGGUCAAGACUCCGGGUAUCUUCGAGAUGAACAGGGUGGUCAACGAUAAGACGGCAGUCCAGGGUGGCCUCCAGCCGUGGACGGAGUACGCCAUCACGAUCCAGCCGUACCACGGGGCAUGGCAUCGGGGCAGGGAAAGCAGGAAGGUUGUUAUAAAGACAGCGCAAGAUGUUCCGAAAGCACCACCCAACUCAAUCAAAGCCCGUCAGAACGGUUCCACCUCCAUCAAAGUCAGCUGGCGCCCUCCGGCAGCCAAUCAGGUGCCAGGGAUCAUCGCUGGCUACCACGUCUUCUGCCUCAGUGAAAACCCCCCUCACCACCCGAACAUCACCACCAGGAAUAACAGGACGCUGGAGGUCGCGGUCCCUAACCUCCGACCCGGCGCACAGUACGGGGUCAAGGUGGCGGCGUAUACGAUCGCGGGGAUGGGACCGUUCAGCGAUAUCGUCUAUGUCACCCUUCCUCCAGGUCCAGAUGACCCAGAGAAGCGAGGUGGUAACGGGGAUCGAGACUCUGUCGGUGGAGGAAUGGACAUCCUCUCGGAGCCGUGGUUCUAUGCAGCUGUAGCCCUCGCCCUCCUCUUUGUCAUCACAUCGAUAUUCCUCCUCUUCUGGCGGCGGCACAAGAAGAAGCCUUGCUCGCCCGUUGGAAAUGUUAUAAUAAGCAAGGACAAUGUUACAGUGCAAAAUAUGAACGCAAGACCCACACAACUGAAUGGGAAUGCUCAUACGGAGGGGGAGGCAACAUGGACGUCAAAUGGUCCCCCACACUCACAUAACCAUCAAGGUUGUAUGGGUAACUGCUGCACAGGUAACGGAUCCUCAGGAGACGACACAUUAGAAAAGAACAAGCCCCCUCCGUCUAAGUGGCCCAACGGUGCCCCACCCGUCUGGCUUCAAGAAGUAUAUAAUCCAAAAUAUCCAUCGCAUUUACAAAGUCAGGUGAGCAAAGAAACGCAUCUCACACAUGAUAGUCAGAGCAGCUCAGGAUUCGGUUCUUCCUUCCCUACUCUGAGCACAUUCCAUGGAAUGAUGAUGCAUCCGAGUUCACCUGAGUAUGCCGUGGUUGAAAACGAAGCCGAGAUGGAUGAGGAGUUGAGCGUCCACGCCGGCAGCACCCUUCCCAUCAUCCCCAGCCCCGGUUCCGGCCGCCCUCCGCCCCAGUACAACCACCAUCUCCACUUCCCGCACCACCAGAUCUCAGACGACCCCGAACCCUACGCCUCGGCGACCCUCGUCCAGCCUCCUAACAUGCGGGAGUACCCCGCCCGACGACAAAACUGCAGUGAUAAUAGUUCGGAGUGGUCCGGCUCGUGGCAGUCGUCAAACAGGGAUGGGCGUCGCCCUGGUAGGAUGGUGAAGCCCGGUGGACACGGUGGUAGCGGGCAUGGUAGUCCUAGAGGGUGGCACGGCCCUUUUGAUGGCCCUCCAGCAGUUCCUGACAGAGAUAUGGGUUACUCCGACCAAGGGAGCCAAUACUCCAGAUGCAGCGCAGCAAACAAACGAUGUAGACAUCCUCACCCCACCACACCCGGUAGACAAACUCAAAGAAACUGGGCGGAGUUCCUUCCGCCUCCCCCCGAGCAGCCCCCAACAGACAUGGACUCACCCGGGGGAUCGUUGCCCCCUUCUCAUCCAGGGUCCAUCAAGUCUUCCUUCUAUCGGAGGGGCAGUAGCCCGAAUCAGCACGCCCAGGCGUACGUCCAGAUCAACCCAGGGGCGUGCGAGGAUUGCGAGGCAGCGGCGGUGGCGCAACAGCAUUAUCCUCCGGUACCACCAAGGAACCACCAACAGAGUCCACUCUUGAACCAGCCACUCUCCGGAAACAACUCUCCGGUACCCAUCUACCCGCCGCCGCUUCUACCCCAGCAACCUUGCAGGACGGAGAUCCCUGGCCCUGGUUCACAUUUCCAGCCCAUCAGCUCUUCGCUCAGUCCUCCCCCCGGCGAUAGCCCCAGCCACAAAAGGGGUGUCCAUAAACUGAUAAAGACCCCACCCCCAGUGCCCAGCACCGGCAGCGGGAACAUGACACCGGAACUCGGUGGGUGCUCUAAGCAAACUGUCAUACCGUUACAAUCGGGGCUGGGGAGCCCGGGAAGGGGGCCGCAGCACAUGCAGCAACAGUCAAUAGCACCGCAAAGAGUGUUUGAGGACCCAAGGCAUGCCCAGAUUGGGCAAGAAUUGCUCAAAUAUAUGACCAGGAAUGAACUGGAAGCAAUGUCGGAUGAUACUCCUUAUGCACCUAUGGAAAUGACCCUUAAAAAUACAGAAGGGUCAAACUCCGCCGUCCACCCCUCCUUAGGCGAGAUAGAGACCACCGAACUGAACAGUUUGGAUAGUAAGGAUAGGGACAUGGAAACAGCGAGUAACUGCACAGGGUCAAUGUUAGCUUAUGGAAGCAGCAGCAACGGAAGCAGACGGAACAGUGUGGGUAGUAGCAGUUCGGACGGGUCUUUCUUUGCCGAGACAGACUUCGCCAGUGCUGUAGCGGCAGCAGCACACAAUGCUGGCAUGUCCGUAUUACAGAGAGAUACACCACUUUCAAGUCAACAUCUGCUUAGAGAAGACACAGUCUGAUUAAAGAAAAGAAAGAUGGAAAAUAUUGUACUUUGAUCAGAGUUUGAGAGGUGGAAGAAAAAAAAACUACAGUACAUUUAGAUAAAUAAAGUUUGUAAAUGGCAAGUUUAUAUUAUUAAAUAGUGUACAUAAAACAUGAAUUAUAACAAAAAUAUGAAUGAAUUUGUCAAUGACAAUCGCUUUUUUAUUUUCAUUUUUUUUCUGUCACAAAAAAACAGCUGUGCCUGCUUUGCUAUUAUUGUUUUCUGAUGUAUUUAUUUGCAUAUUAUAUGUUUCAGUUGCCAUGGUUUAUUUAGAAUUGGGCACUUUGUCAGAGCAGCGUGUUUUCCGCAGGAAUCCUACAAGCGGCUUCUCGUUACCAAUCCCACACUUAUCAUAGACAAAUAACGGGGAACACGGGAAGCCGCUAUGAAAGACGCAUGAUGCCUGUAUAUUGGGUUCCUGCUGAACAGCACAAGAGUUUGACAAUUUGCUUUGAUAUAAUUUGACCAUUACCAAAGUGGUCAAGAAAGGUUUAGUUUGUUUGCAAGGCUUGUAUUUUUCCAAGGGAAAAUGUCGAGUUGAAGGAACGAAGAAUGUGAUUUUGAAGUGGGUUUACAUAUCUCGUUGAUAAACAUUACAGAGCAGAGAUAAAGAAUGAUUCACUAGUAAAUCUAAAUGUGCUUGAUAUAGAAAUAUUUUCAUAUUCUAAUUUUAAAAUCAAAAUCAACAGAUCAGAAUUAAAGUCUUAAGCAUUUAUUUUCAAAUGUGAAUUUCUAUUGUUUAGAUUCAGGGGUAUAUAGUUAUUCAGUGAUUCCACUUGUUUCAGUAUUGACAUUACAUAUAUGUUUAAGUUUAUAAUAAUAAUGGGAUUUGUAUAGCGCAAGUAUCCACCUUGCUAGGUGCUCAAGGCGCUCAACAUGUUGAUGAAGAUAACUCUUUAGUAACUCUUAUUUGAUUGGUCAGUGGCAUUUGUUAUGGUUUUUUUUACAAACUGAUAAUUAUCAAUUUAUAUUCAAUGCUAAAGUGUAGAUGCAAAUGAUACCAGCUGUAAAUAAAAAAAAUAUAAGAAAAGUUAAGAUUUUUAUUGAAGGGUCAACUGAUUGCAUCUAAAAAAAUUCCCUUAUGUAAUUUGGGACAAGACAAAAGAUAUUUUUAAUUUUGUAUUUAUAAAUAAGAUAUAUAUUGAUUAAAUAAGGUAAAAAGAGGGGAAAUUUUGUAAGUAAUUCAGUAUUGAAUUAUGUCAUAUCUGAACAGAUUUUUACUUUCCUUUUGUUUAAUCUGUAGAAAAUAAUAUAUUUACUUUUAUUUUAUGAGCUUGAUGUCACCAAUGCAAUAAAACUACUUUAGAUAUAUAACAUCGUACAGAUGACAAACUAGCAUAUAAGCGUGUAUAGAGCAAUACAAGCACAGAAAAAUUUGAUAUUUAUGAUAAUUAUCAUAGCCUAAGUAAAAGUCAUACACUUCAAAUUGAUAGAUAUUUCUUCAUAAACCUUUUGUGCAUAAUACAUUUAUAUCAAGAAUACGACUCCUGGGCCCCUGUCUUACAAAGAUUUGCGAUUGAUCCAAUCAACCUCAACUAUGGAAAGCCAGCAACGCCCACAUCUAAAAUGCAUGUUUGUUCAAACAAAAAUUGAGAUUUUUUUUUUUUUUUGACAAUUUUUGGUGUGUUCGUUUUUGUUUACAAAGGACGUAUGCAAAUUUGCUGUAGAAAAAAAUUGUGACACCGAUGGAUUUCCAUAGAGUUAUGAUUGAUAUGAUUGAUCCGAUCAACCUCAACUGUAUGGAAAUCAAUCAAUGUCAGUAUUUUCUACACAAAAUUUUAACAGUGUCCUUUGUUAACAAAGAGAAGCAUACCGAAUUUUAAAGAAAACAAUGAAUGAACAAAACAUGCAAUUUAGAUGUUGACGUUGCUGGCUUUCCAUAGUUGUGGUUGAUCAAAUCAAUUGUAACUCUUCAUAAGACGGGCCUGGACUCUAGCCAUUACACUAAUCUUUGCAUUCAAUCUCUAGCUGUCCAGUCAGGAUCAUUGUUGCAUGCAUAGUUUAUUCAAAAUACAGAGCAGGAACCAAUCAGGAGUGCUCUUUCAUAUUUGUGCUCCCAUGCCCAGGUUUGCCACUAAUAAUAAUCAGGAUAAUAUAUCCUUAUAUAGAACAUACUAUAUAGUCAGCUAACAUCUCUUUGCGUUCCCAAUAAUAAUUUUUUUUUCUGAUUUGCUAUCAAAUGCAAGAUAAUUAGAGAUUGAUGUUGGCAAAGUUGUGUCAAGUGUGGAGAGCCGACAGUUAUGGAGAAAAAAAAUUAUUGUUUUGUGGUUUUAUUUGAGUUUACCAUUUUUGUAACAAUAACUAGCAUCAGCAAUAUGUUUUUGUGAAGUUCGACAUGGCAACUUAUGGUUAAAUGGAAUAUUCUAACAAAAGGGUGAGUCACGAUUUUUAUAGUGUCAUAGUAUUAGGAGUGUACGUUUGGAGGUUGCGUUCUGGUAGGAAAGACAAAUAUGGCGACUAUCAAUUCUGCAUUAAGUUAAUUUUGCAUUUUAUAUUGAAGAAUUUUACAGGUGCAUGGAAUUCCUUUUAUCGAGACACUUCAAAAUUAUUGAUUUGGAAUUUCAUACAUCAUUUGGAGAAUAGUUUGUUUACUUUGUAUAUUACUGCUGUAAACCAAAGGAUUUUAGAAGCUAAAUUCCAGUCAGAAAUGUCAAAAAUAUGUUGUGGAUAAACAAUCAAAGCUCAAACCUGGGGCCAUUUCAUCAACAUCUGUCAUCUGCCACGUCAGAUCCAACAACCUCUUGAUUUUGAUUGGCCAGAAAGCGCAGUUCCCAUGGUAACUGUUGGAUUAAACAGACUUUGCUGGAUAAAACAUCUUACAAGUCUUUGCAAUGCCCUAUUUUUUCAAAACUGGUCAAAGUACCCCAUGUACCAUAUCUAGGGUAACAUUGAACAGAAAUAUGCAAUCUGUGUUGGUGUCACUGGCAUAUAUUUGUGCUUGAUCAAAUCAAUCUUAAUUUUUGUGAGAAAGGCCCCUAUACUCAUUGCUAUAUGAGGUGCCCUAGUUGUAAAUCCACUUAUUUCUGAAGAGCUACAAGGUGUAAGUCCUUGCCUGACAUACACCAUUGUUCAUCAAAAUAUCAAAUGACUGGUUUUUAUGCCUUUGAACUAGAGUUGAUUCUUUUUUUCCACUAGAUUCCAUAUGAUUACCACCGUUCAGAGUUUAAAAUAGAUAUUUAUGGAUAUUAUAUUAAUUCUACAAAAUAUUGGAGGAUGAAAGGUUAUGGAGGCAGUUUAUAUUUAUGUGAGUUGUAUUUUUUUUGGUUCUUGCAAACAGAUGUGCAUACUUUUGUUAUUGUUGCAUUGUGCGGAUUAAGACGCUUUAUGCCCACAUUUGGAAAUGGGAAAGACAGUUGCACUUAUGUGAUUUAAAGAGCGUGUUUGCUCAGAUGAGAAUAUUUUUGUGUUUUCUUUUUUUUUGUACAUGAAAAAUGUUGUUGAGUUGAUUUAUACUUAAGUGCAGUGAUGUUUAUGGACAUAGCUUGUAAAAACGAAAAUACUGAGAUUUAUAACUAUUGGCUUGUAAGAUGAUUAAAUCGCCCUGUUUAUCUUAAACUAUGUACAGGCUAAGGAAAAUAAAAUAAAUAAAAACUUG